CUGUCGAGGGGGUGGGAACAGGUCGAGGGAAGGAUUUUGGAGCGUGGUAUAUUGCUAUAAACCAGCAGACGCAGUUAUGUUCCUUCACUUGAAUCUCAGUAACAGGGAUUAUUUCAUGCAAGCAACUCCGAUGACCACUGGAACAAUCUCCCAGCACACGAACUGAGGAGGAUGAGGAUGAAGAGCGCUCUGAACCUGCUGUCGCUGCUGUGUCUGUGUGCGGCCCAGAAGAAACUGACCCAGGACACGUCUGAGUGGGACCACCGAGACAAACCCAAAGGCAAGAGCUGUUCAAACCUGACGCAGGUCCUGGACAACUGGAAAUACGCCAUCAUGUACCAGGUCAAAGACAUGCUGGUCAACGAUCAUGCGUCCAUCUUACCCGAAUAUAACAGGAUCCAGCCCCUGUCGGAUGCGGUGGGAGAUCUCUAUAAGCAGUUCGACACUCUGAAGGAGAACCUGGCCAAGCUAACCAACAAGUUUGACAAAGUGGAAAGCUUUGUGGACGAGAUCCAAGCAGGGAAAUUCCCCAAGCCAAAACUCUGGACAUCCCAGAGACACUCUGUCAGGAGAAUCCCACAACAGAUCCCAGCGAAGAGUCCUGUAAAAGUCCCGGGUAAAGCCCUGUGGGCUCAGAGGAGAGCCAGACGAGGUCCCGGCACCUAGCCGGAGAGGACAGCAGAUCUGGACACAUAAUCAUGAUGCUUUUCC